AUGGCACCGUCCCUCGAGGAGCCAGAGCCAGUAUCCGACGUCCUCGCCAACCCCAUCAAACAAAAGCCACAACUCGUCGCCCCGGAGCCGGAGCACUGUCCCGGACCGGAGUCGCAGCAGGCAGGCCAAGCCGACUCUUGCGCCGGCUGUCCCAACCAGGCCAUCUGCGCAUCAGCACCAAAGGGCCCAGACCCAGACAUCCCCCUCAUAUCGGCACGCCUCGAAAAUGUCAAGCACAAGAUCCUCGUGCUCAGCGGCAAGGGCGGGGUGGGCAAGAGCACAUUCACGUCGCUGCUCGCGCAUGCCUUUGCGACCAACCCGGACAGCAACGUGGGCGUCAUGGACACGGACAUUUGCGGGCCCAGCAUCCCCAAGAUGAUGGGGGUGGAGGACGAGACGAUUCACGUCAGCGGCUCCGGCUGGUCGCCGGUGUGGGUGAUGGAUAAUUUGGGCGUGAUGAGCAUCCAGUUCAUGUUGCCGAAUCGAGAUGAUGCUGUCAUCUGGAGGGGCCCCAAGAAGAAUGGCCUGAUUAAGCAGUUUCUCAAAGACGUGGAAUGGGGCGAGCUGGACUUCUUGCUGGUCGAUACGCCGCCGGGCACGAGCGACGAGCACCUGAGCGUCAACUCCUUCUUGAAGGAGAGCGGGAUUGAUGGCGCGGUCGUGGUGACGACACCGCAGGAGGUCUCGCUGCUGGAUGUACGGAAGGAGAUUGACUUUUGCCGCAAGGCGGGCAUCAGGAUACUGGGACUGGCGGAGAACAUGAGCGGGUUCGUGUGUCCCAACUGCAAGGGCGAGAGUCAAAUAUUCAGACCUACCACGGGUGGCGGGAAAGGGUUGGCAGAGGAGAUGGGGAUUCCGUUCCUCGGCGCUGUGCCUUUGGACCCGAGGAUCCGGAUGGCCUGCGAUUACGGAGAGAGCUAUUUUGAUUCAUUCCCGGACAGCCCGGCUUGUUUGGCGUUUAAACAGGUGGUGAAGAGGGUUGCGAGCCAACUGGGCUUGGAUACAACCAACGUAUUACCUGACGAAUAG